AGGGGAUGACAAGACCCAACGCUUUUUCGAUCAGACGGUCACCAACCUCCCCUUCUUCCUCACUCUCGAGCCGACUGAUCGUUCCCCGGCGUCUCGUCGCCACCGCUCCUCUGCACAUUUCGAUGUGAUGGAGACGGGGUACGACUUCAUUCUCGGCACUCCGUGGUCUCGUCGGUUCCGCCGCACCGAGGCCGAUUGGGCGACCAACACUCUUGUUCUCAAAACGAAGUGUGGACAGACGUAUCGCGUACCUUUCAUAGGUACCACUGCGACACCAUGCCCCGAUCCUCCUCCCCCGGAGCCUUCAGUGCCCACACCAUCUCCCUCUAUCACUGUCAUCUCGCCUCGACAAUUCGCUCACUUCAUUCGACAGGACGACGUCACCUUCUUUAUGGUGGACGUGAUGGAUCUCUUACACUAUGAUCCACCCUGUCCCGACGCCGAGCUCAUCCCUCUGGAGCCAGAUCCCCCCUCUAUCUCCAUGACUCCCAUCUCUACUUCCGUCCCUCCACUGUCCGUUGAGUCCACCCCGCCGUCGCGCGCUGACGCUGAUGCUGACGAACUCGCACGAUAUACGGCUGACCUAGAGCAGUACGUUCUCGUCUACCUCAACGAUAUCCUGGUCUACAGUCGUACCCUUGAGGAACACCUCAGACACCUCCGCGACGUCCUUGACCGCUUGCGCAGACAUGGCUUCUACGCCAAGCUAAGCAAGUGCCGCUUUGCCCAGCACAAAGUGGAUUUCUUAGGACACUACGUGUCUAACCAGGGUCUCCACAUGGACGACGCGAAGAUCACUGCUAUUGCGGAGUGGCCCGCCCCCACAUCCGCCAAGCAGCUUCGAAACUUCCUAGGCCUGACCAGCUACUAUAAUAACUUCAUCCGGGGAUACGCUAGGUAUUCCUACGUCCUUACCUUCACCCUCCUCUGGAAGAACCCACCCAAGGCUUGGACACCCCUCCACGAGGACGCCUUCCUCGCCCUCAAGAAGGCGGUGACAUACGCAUCGGUUCUUCACCUACCCGAUUUUGAUCGCCCUUUUAUCCUUACCACCGAUGCGUCAGACUUUUCUAUAGGAGCAGUGUUUUCUCAGAUCUUCCCCUCCUCUCCUGAUUCCUCUCAUCCUCGUAUCCCUCGCUUCCCACCACCUACCCCUACCACUGCUUCCCGACUGACGCCUACUCGUCCAGCUACUGACGAGCCUCCUAUUGACCAUUCUCCUACCAUCGCCGAGGACGGCACUGUCGAGACUCGCUCAUGUGAUUGUCUGAUAGCCUUCUACUUCCGUCAGCUCCUGCCCGCCGAGAUAAACUACACUGCUGAUGAACGUGAGUCCAUCUUGAUGGACUUUAUCGGUCCUCUUCGUCCUCCGACUCCUCGCGGUCAUGAUGCUAUCCUGGUCGUCGUCGACCGCUUCACGAAACGUGCACGCUUUGUUCCGUGUCGCUAUGCCAUCAGUGCACGUGAGGUCGCCGACAUCGUGUUUGACCGAGUCGUGCGUGACCACGGCUUACCUCUGAGCAUCAUAUCUGACCGUGACCUGCGCUUUACCAGCCGAUUCUGGCGACGGCUCCACGAGGUAUACGGCACUCAGCUCCGCUUCUCCUCGUCUUACCAUCCUCAGACUGAUGGUCAGACCAAGAUAACGAACAAGACUCUCAGGGAUAUUCUUCGAAAGAUUGUUCGUGACGACCAGCAGUGGGAUCUUUAUCUUGCCCACGCGGAGAUAGCCUACAACCACGCCGUCUCGCCAGCCACGGGGAUGUCGCCUAACUAUUGCGACCUCGACUAUCACCCUCGUGUUCCUGCGGACUUUCUUCAACCGUCACAAAUGCACCCCGACACGAGUUGUCCCGCGCUCGAUGAUUGGGUUGCACACAUGACGUCAAUCAUGAAGACCGCACAUGAGCACAUAGUCGCUUCCCAGACUCGCAUGGCAGCACGUGCGAACCGAUCGAGGAUGAACCAUCCAUUCAAAGUCGGUGAUGAUGUGCUUAUCGACACCCGCCACUUACAGCUCGAAGCGGACACGCUUCGCAAGUUUCGGCGUCGCUUCCUUGGCCCAUGCCGCAUCCUCCAGGCCGUGGGUUCUGAUACGACAUCUAGCCCGGUCAGCUUUCGUGUGAAGCUGCCCUACUACCUACGCCAGGCUCGUGUGCACGAUGUCUACCACGUCUCGUUACUGCGUCCUUACCGCAGACUGUCUGAGCGUUUCGUUGGACGACCAUACGAGCGCCCUCCACCCAUCAUGGUGGACGGUGACGAGGAGUUCCUCGUUUCAGACAUUAUUGGUCGCCGAAUCACCGACGACAACCCUCCCCACGUCGAGUAUCUCGUACGUUGGAAGGGUUACCCUGAUGAAGAGGCUACCUGGGAGCCCCUCGAGCACUUAUAGCACGCUCGCAUGUUGGUGCG